CUGUAACUAAAAGCAACGCAAGCUCUUCUUUUUCUUCUUCUGAAUGGUUUAUUAGGAUUUAUCGUUUUCGUUUGAGAACCAUACAGUCAGUACUAACACUCAAAAAUGGCAACAACAUCCUCAGACAGGGUGAACCAAUUCUUCAACGAACUCGAAGCUCACAAGAGCAUCCUAGCCACGUGCACCAACCUAUUCACCACCAUCUCCAAACAUUUCUCUUCCCUCCAAGACUCUGUCACCCAAAAAUCCCAAUUGAUCGAUUCCAAGUUUCAAUCCCUUGAAUCUCGCCACAGGGAAACCCUAGAAUCCCUCCACCAACGUGAAAACUCCAUCCCAGAGCGCGAGUCCUUCGCCGCCGCGCGCAUUGAGGAGCAGAAGGAAGCGGCUCUCGCCGAGCUCCAAAAGCCCGUUCCGGGGAAUCUCGAAUUGGCAUCCAUCUUGAAAUCCUUGUUGCGGAAGAUGGAUUCCUCGGCGUUGUUGCGGUUCAUCGUUUCGAAGCGUAAAGAAUCGGCGUCGCUGAGGGCGGAGAUAGUGCCGGCGUUAGAGGAGGCGGUGGACUCUCCGAGGCUAGUGCUGGACGCGGUUGAAGAGUUUCUGAAUAGCAAAUUGUCAAAGUCUGGUGUUACGGAUAAGAGAUGGGCGUGUGGGCUUCUGGUUCAGGCGCUGUUUUCGGAAUCGCGGAUAUUUUCAAGAAGGAUUGUUGAGAGAGCAGAUGGUCUUGUGGAGUUGUGGAAGGAGCAACUCGACGGUGAAGUUGGUGCAGCGGAAAUGGUGAUGUUUCUGCAGAUGGUUGUGUGUUUUGGGUUGUGGUACAGGUUUGAUCAGGAGUAUUUAAGGAAGCAGGUGAUGGAGUUUGCUUCCAGGAGGGACAUGGCUAAGAUUGCUGCUAAUUUAGAAUUCGGAGACAAGAUGAUAGUGCUUUAUGCAGAUAUUAUAGAUGAACUAGUUAAAAAUGGCAAAGAGAUAGAAGCUGUUUAUUUUGCUUCAGAAUCUGGUUUGACUGAAAGAUUUCCUCUUAUCAACCUGCUCAAGUCCUAUGUUCGGAACUACAAAAGGCAUGUUGCUACCUUAUUGAAGGAGGGAAAAAACAGUCAGGCUGCAACGGAAGAAUUUGAAUUGAAUUCCAUUAAGGCUGUAAUGAAAUGUGUAGAAGAUCACAAGAUGGAAUCUGAAUUUAACUUGGAAAAAUUGAGGAAGCGGGCUGCCCAUUUGGAGAAAACAAAGGCUGAAAGGAAAAAGGGUUCAUCAUCAGGAGGCAAACCUAAAAAGCGAACCUAUGGAUCGGGUGGCAGUCGAGGUAGUGCGUCCACUUCUUCCCGACCCUCCAAAUCAGCCAAACUUAAUACAUACCCGUCAUCUUUCAGCCGCAGGAACUUGGCACCUUCUCUACAGCCUAGUCCUGCUGCAAGAUAUUCUGCACCAUACAGCUACCCCAGCCAGACUACUAUAUACGAUGGUUCAACUGCUAAUCCUUAUGCAGCAACUUAUGGAACUGCCCACACUCAAAGUCCAGCUGGGAUAACUCAACAGCACUACUCACUCCCUGUUGACAAUUUGGCUCCGUCUGGUUAUCGAUCUAGUGGUUCUUAUGUAGGACAGACUAGCUACGUAUAUGAUUACGGGAAUGCUGCUCCGCCAUCUUAUCAACCUCCAUACACAGUAGAUCAAUCCAGUUACCGGGGAUAAGUUUUCUUUUCCCCCCCUUUCAAUCCUUUUUCUGGCUGUUGUCUCCUUUCGGUGCUACUUUAAUUUUUGUUGUUUAUCGUUUUGUGCUUGUCAAAUUUGGAAAUAAAACAGGUUCCUGGUAAUGUAUUUCUACAAAUACUUAAGUAUGUGAUGCAAAUCCAAAU